AUGGCCCUGCCCAGCAUUCAGCUCUCCGAUGUGCAGCGGAAUGAGCCCAGCCCGGCCGAGCGGCAGCACCCUGCACAGCCCGGCGUCAACAAGAUCGUCGUCUACGAGCACGUCGACUUCGAGGGGCUGAGCCGAGAGUUCACGUCCGACGUGCCGGACCUGCACGAGCUGGACUUCGGGGACUGCAUCUGCUCGCUGCGGGUGGUGGGGCAGCCGUGGAUCGCCUACACGGCCCCCAAGUACGAGGGCGACGCCUACGCCCUGGAGGAAGGUGAGUACCGGUCGGUGGAGAAGAACAAGGCGUUCUCGGCGCUGCGGCUGGUGCACCAUGACCUGGCCGACCCGCAGAUCACCCUGUACGAAGAGCCCGACUACGCGGGCCAGAGCAAGGUGGUGACAGAAGAGACCAACCUCACCUACGGCUACUUCAACGACCGGGUCUCCUCCCACGUGGUGCAGCGCGGCGUCUGGCUGCUCUACAAGCACCCGGACCGCGGGGGCUGGUACCACAUCGCCUGGCCUGGCGAGCGCCUGCCCGACUACAAGCCAGAGCUGGGCUUCCACAACUGCCUGUCCCACCUGCGCCCGCUGGCGCCCGGCCGCCCCGCCGUCACCGCCCGCAUCCUGUGGGACCAGCAGAAGGUGGAGGACGAGCGGGACGUGCUGAUUGACGAGAUCGUGGGGGUGAACGCCACGGACCUGGAGCAGACGUUCACCACCUGCAGCAGCCGGGAAUACGUCACCACCACGCUGCAGAGCUUCCGGUUCAGCAACGCCACCAGCCUGCGGGCCGGGCUCUCCUUCACGCUGGCCGUGGAAGCCGCCAACGUCUUCACCGUGGAGAAGGGGCGCAGCGAGUCCACCACCCGGCGGGAUCGGGUGGAGGUGCUCCUGCCAGCCAAGAUCCCGCCCCGCACCCAGCUCACCAUCCACGUGGUGAGCAAGGAGGCCACCAUCUCGGUGCCGGUGGAGCUCACCAUCAGCCAGAACGAGCGGACCAAGACGGAGCUGGGGGAGUACCGGUGUGUGUCAGGGCGCACCAUCAGCACCAAGUACACCAUGAAACCCGCCCUGCCGCCAGGGGGGGAGCAGGCCCCCGCCCCCAGCGCCCUGGGUCAUUGAGGAGCGUCCAG